UCAUCAUUUUUAUGUAGCCAAAACAAAACAAAACCAUAGCCAAACCUUAAACAAAGAACAUCAACCCAGAAAAAUAGAGAGAACUUAAAAGAAACCCAGAGAAUAAAGAUCGAAGCUUUUCAUAUAAAUCUCCCAUGGCGGACGAAUUUCAGGUUGGAAGUGGCAAUUGGUGGGAUUCUUCAAGAAUCCCAUCUUCCUCCGCCAUGGAUUCCGGCGCCCCUUCCGUCUCCGGCAGCUCUAAUAUUAAUUUAAUGUUUCAGGAAAAUCAAAAACGUCUUCAAAUCCCUGAUCAUUCAAGUACUGCCAGCAUUUUAACGGCUGAUUCCGAUAUGCAAAUGAUGGGAUUAAACCUCUCUUCUCAUCAAACCAUUGAUUGGAAUCCAAACUUACUACGUGAUGGAGAAAAAACAGAGAGUAGCAGUUUCCGAUCUAUGAUUCAAGAAGAUCAAUUAAGAACCGCACCCAAUUUCUACCAUCAUCAAGAACAGUGGAGGCAGCCCAAGUUAUUUUCCGGUCCCGGCGCCAGUUCUGAGGAUUCCACCGGCAAUGAUUUCAAGCAAACAAAUCUGGGUUUUUCUUUAGACAAUCAACCUGAGUUCAUCUCCUCUUCCUCCGGCGGCGGCGGCGGCGGCUCUGAAGCUGUCGUCAGUUAUUCAUCGGAUCCUACUGUCGGUUAUGGAAGUCCUUCUACUAUAUUAUUGCAAGGACUUUUAGCGUCGGAUCAAGAUAACCGACAAUCGCCGUUGACCGGAGACUAUCCGUUUCCGACAAACUAUGGUUUGAAUUCCGGCGAGAUGAUGUCAGCACCUUGGUCUAAAUUUCCUCAAUUCAUGAGAAAUUCACCACCAUCUCAGCCUCAACCGCAGUUCUCUAACAGCAGUUCAUUUUGGAACUCGCCCUUGAAUAGUGACACAACUGGGAGGCCGGGAUUUUUUCAGUCCGUUCAACCGCCGCCGCCGUUUCUCCCGCCGGCGACAUUUGAGGAAAAACCAAAGAUUAAUCAAUUGGAAGAUAGAGAUUUAGGAGGUGCAACAGGAACAAAAAAUAACAACUAUAACAAUAUCAAUACAUCGGAGGCAUCAAGUUACAAGAGGGCCCGAAGCGAGGCAACACCAUCUCCUUUACCAGCUUUUAAGGUUAGAAAAGAGAAGAUGGGGGACAGAAUCACCGCUCUCCAGCAAUUGGUUUCUCCUUUUGGAAAGACUGAUACAGCUUCAGUGCUUUCUGAAGCCAUUGAAUACAUCAAGUUCCUCCAUGAACAAGUUAGUGUCCUAAGCAGUCCAUAUAUGAAAAUUGGAAUUUCCAUGCAGCAACAACAAAAUCAACAGAUUAGUUUAGAGAAAUCGAGAGUGGAGAAUGAAGGGGCAAAAUCGAAAGAUCUGAGAAGUCGAGGGCUUUGUCUGGUUCCAGUUUCCAGCACCUACCCCGUUACCCACGAGCCAACUGUUGAUUACUGGAACCCUACUUUUGGAGGAAGCUUUAGAUAAUUAUAUUAGUAACAUUAUAUAUUCAAAACAAUAAUGUUUUACAAAUACAAGCUAAUUAAGCAUUUCUUUAUUGACAACAAUAUAAUACUUCUCUUCUAUUAUCUCUCUUUCUCUAAAACAAGAUGGAGAGAGAAAGAGAGUGAGAGAAAAGUAAGUGAUGAAGAUGUUGUUAGGGACCAUUUGGGUUUGGGGUAAGGAAAAUGAAAUGUAGAGAGAGGGAAUAAUUUAGUUAUGACGGAUUAGAAAAUGGAGAUCGUUUUUAAUUACUAUUUGUGUCUUCAACUUAGUUUGAUUAAUUAACCUAAUUCCUGGAAAUAUGUAUGAUUGAGAAUGAUGAUGGAUUAUAGAAUAAUAAUAUGCUAUUUUAAGAGA